AUGGCCGACCACACUGGCAGUAGCCAGGUGGCCGGUCCAUCGCUUCGGGCCGACCCGGUGCCGCCACCAGACCGUGACGAGUCGGAUAGCGACUCAGUGUCCGACCGUGGUAGCACCGCGGAUGGCCCCAUCGUGAGCCGCCGGCAGCCCGCGUUAGAGGGCCACACGCUAGUGUUCUGGCUCCCUCUGCCCACUACCGUCGAGUGCCCGCACGCCGACUGCUCGGCCAAAUUUCGCGCCAAGGUGUGGACGAGCGCGAAGCAAUCCAUCACCCGUCACCUCCGUGAGUUACACGCAGAGGCGGAGGAUACGUCGGUGCGAUGCGUCGGGUGCGGGAUCGUUCUCGGCGUCCGGCCCGGGGCACACAAAUGCCAGGUCCCGAUUGAGGACGCUGCGGACACAGCGGACCGCUUCACGUGCACGGUGGCCGGUUGCCCCGAGUCUUUCCCCAGUAAGCAGGGACUGACCAACCAUCUGCGCAACCACCGCCGUAUCGACGCACUGGCCGCGGCCGCCGUGCCGCUCCCGGUCCCGGCGACGCGUCAACGGUUGCGCUCGGACCGAAACCCCCGCCCGGCGCGCGGAGGAGACGCUCGCGUUCCGGAGGCAGUGGACGUGCCAAGGACACCGGCUGGUACCAGACCGCCGGCAACAGGCGGUACGUCCCCACUGCCACCCACAACCAGUACUGAACCAAGGAUACCGGCUGGUAACAUACCGCCGGACACAGGCGGUUCAGUAUCGACAGCGGGCGCCGCGUCAGGAGGUGCGCCAAGGACACCGGCUGGUGACAGACCGCCGGACACAGGCGGCGCACCCCUGUCACCGCUUCCCACGCUCCUGCCCGCCAGCACGAGGCGUGCGACACCGGUGAGGCCGCGCGGGGUCGGUGACAGACUGUCACUCCCGCUGCCGUCUCUACCUCCGCCACGUCGCGAAUCGCCCAGGAACGAGGGCUACAAUGUUGUGAUUGCGAGCCCGGAGCUGUGGCGGCCGCGUAUUCCUCCACCGACCUCGGAUAGCGGCUCUGACUCGAGUGGGCUGGCCCCGGAGGACGAUGACCUGUUGGACGUCCCCGUGCCCGAGCUCGACGCGGCCGCCGAGGUCCCCGACGAUGGCGAUCACAUUCUGCAACCCGACGACACCACACCCCUGCACGCGUUCCGCGAACGCUUCGCGGACUUUUCCAGAGGUCCGUGCACGGAGGAGGUGUGGUCGCGGUUCGUCGCCCUCGUCGACGAGAUGACCGCCGAGGCCGCGGUCAUUGUUAAACUGCCCGUCAGACCGGAGGGCAGGUCAUCGGGCAACAGGACUGCGAUCGACCCGACAGACGCCAAGGGAAUCCAGUCGCUGUAUAGGCGUAACAGGCGACGUGCUGUCCGGCUGAUCCUGUCGGGUGAGGGGCAGUCGUGCGAGGUCCCCGUUCCGGCCGUUGAGGAACAUUUUCAGAGGACCUGGGCACCCUCAGCAUGCGACCCCAGCAUCUAUGCGAGGGUGGACGGCCGUGACCCGGUACCGAUGGGCCCGUUCCAGUAUGCCGAUGUUUCAAAGCGUCUCGGCAAGUUCGAAAACACGGCACCUGGGGACGACGGGCUCACGUACCGGCACUGGAAGCGGCUGGACCCAGAGUGCACGGUCCUCACGGGGAUCCUCAACACAUGCCUCAGGUUCAAACGAGUGCCCCCAGCGUGGAAGAAAGCCGUCACAAUCCUGAUCUACAAGAAGGGGGCGAAGGAGGAUUUAACCAACUGGCGGCCGAUCUCGCUGAGCCGCACGUUGUACAAACUCUACGUGGGAUGUGUCGCCGGACGGCUGACGGAGUGGCUGGUGGCCAACAACGUCCUGAGCCCGUGCCAGAAGGGGUUUCUCCCGGCGGAUGGCGCAUUUGAGCACGUCCACACCCUCAAUCGUGUACUCGAGAAGGCCAGGACACACGCGGCGGACAAGUGCGUGGCCUGGCUGGACGUGUCAAAUGCGUUCGGGGCGAUACCACACCCCGCGCUCGAGGCAGCGAUCCAGGCCAGUGGAGCUGGAGAGGAUCUCCUUCUGGCAGUGCGGGACAUCUACUCCGGGGCCACGUCCUCAGUCAGUGUGGCCGGUGGAAUGACGGGCGACAUCCCGGUGCGCUCGGGCAUUAAGCAGGGGUGCCCGCUUAGUGGCCUACUCUUUAUCAUGGCCAUAGACCCGGUGGUGGCACGCCUGCAAGGCGCGUCGGCCGAUCAUCGGGUACUGGCGUUCGCGGACGACCUGUGCUUGAUCGCCGACAGCCCGGGAGACCUCCAGUCGGCCAUCGACGCCGCGCGCGUCGGACUCGGUAUGAUCGGCCUCAAACUCAAUGCCAACAAGUGUGCCUCCCUGCACCUGUCCGGUAAGCGGCCCGUCGGUGUUCGGGACACCCAAUUCCGGCUACUCGACUCCCCGCUUCGCCCGCUGGUCGAGGGCGAGGCGGCCACCUUUCUCGGAGCGCAGGUUGGGUUCAACAUCGUGCCGCCCCUCUCCACACUCGCCGAGAUAACGGAAAUCGGCCUCAAAAUAUCCCGCAGCAAGCUGGCCCCUUGGCAGCGCAUUGACGCCCUUAAAACGUUUUUUUACCCGUCCACAGUCCACCUCCAGAGGAUGGGGACGUUUCCUAAAGGUGACUGGGCGAGGGUGGACAAGGUGCUCCGCCCGGAGAUCAAGGCCACCCUGUACCUGCCGCAGGAAGCUUCAGGGGAGUACAUCUACGGAUCGACCAGGCGUGGGUGUUGCGGGAUCAGGCUCUUGGCAGAGGACGCCGACAUCGCCGCCGUGGACAGUGCCUUCAAGCUGGUGUCCUCCCCAGACCUGAGGGUGGCCGAAGAUGCUGCGGAGCACGUGGAGGAGGUGACAAGGCGGCGUAUUUGCAAGGUGCCGACCAUUCAUGAAGUUGCCUCCUACCUGUCGGGUGAGGACGAGGGGGUGUUCCGGGAGUCUCGGGGCACGGGGGUCAGCAGUGUGUGGUCGAGAGCGCGUAACGCCUCUAAGCGUCUGGGGGUCAAAUGGUCGUUGGAUGGGGCCCCGGCGAUCACACACGGGGGAGCAGUGAUGGGGAGGAAGCAGAGGCGGGCGGUCAUGAGGACUGUUCGGGACACUUUGCGGCUCGGCCGAAGUGACGCCUUGAUCGCCAAACCUGAUCAAGGCAGGGCCGUCGAGUGUGCCGCCGCCCACGCGGCCUCAACGCACUUUUUGAAGGAGGGUGACUUCACGAGGUUCGCCGAUUGGCGUUUUGUCCAUCGCGCUAGGCUGAACCUCGUACCGCUAAAUGGCUCUUCGUCAUGGAGGGUCGGUGACCGCAGGUGUCGACGGUGUGGGUAUACAAAUGAAAGCCUAGCCCACGUCGUCGAUCACUGUAUGCGUUACACCGGCCUGUACAUGGCGAGGCACAAUAGCGUUGUCGCCCGAAUCAAGAAGGCGGCGUCCACGAGGUUUGAGGUCCUCUCCGAGAACCAAGCCCUGGGUGACCAGGGUUUGAGACCGGAUUUAGUUCUGAAGAAGGGCCCAAACCUCUAUAUCGUGGACGUAACAGUCCCCUUUGAUAACCGCCUCGCUGCAUUUGAAGUGGCGGCGGCGGAAAAGCGAACAAAAUAUGAGGAACUUAGGGCUUGGCUCGCGGCGCGACAUGGGUGCGAGGCGGUGGUUGUUCCCUUUGUUGUGGGUGCCCUUGGCUCUUGGGACCCGGCCAAUGACGUCUUCCUGAGGAAGCUAUGUAGUCGGUCGUAUGGUACCCUGUUCCGGAAGUUGUGCGUCAGCGACGCCAUUGCAGCUUCCAGGGACGUCUAUAUUGAACACUUGUCCGGGGUCCGACAGGUCAGGGAGUUGCCCUCGUGA